UCCGAGAUGGACAGCACCGAAUUUCGAAAACGUGGCAUGGAAAUGGUAGAGUACAUCUGCAAUUAUCUGGAAACGCUAAACGAGCGGCGAGUCACGCCCAGCGUGGAGCCGGGAUAUUUGCGGCACCUGUUGCCAACUGAGGCACCACAGGAGCCGGAGGACUGGGACCAGAUUAUGAGGGACGUGGAGGACAAGAUCAUGCCCGGCGUGACGCACUGGCAGCACCCACGCUUCCACGCCUACUUUCCGGCGGGAAACUCGUUCCCCUCCAUCCUGGGCGACAUGCUGGGCGACGGGAUCGGGUGCAUCGGCUUUUCUUGGGCCGCCAGUCCCGCUUGCACCGAGCUGGAGACCAUUGUGCUCGACUGGCUGGGCAAGGCCAUCGGUCUGCCGGACCACUUUCUGGCCCUCAAGGAGGGCAGCACCGGUGGGGGAGUCAUUCAGACUUCCGCAUCGGAAUGUGUGCUGGUCACGAUGCUGGCUGCCAGGGCACAGGCGCUCAAGAGGCUCAAGGCCCAGCACCCGUUCGUGGAGGAGGGUCACCUACUGUCCAAGCUGAUGGCCUACUGCUCCAAGGAGGCACACAGCUGCGUGGAAAAGGCGGCGAUGAUCUGCUUCGUGAAACUGCGCAUUCUGGAGCCCGACGACGACGCCAGCCUGCGCGGCCAGACGAUCUACGAAGCCAUGGAGGAGGACGAGCUGCAGGGCCUGGUGCCCUUCUUCGUCUCGACCACUCUGGGCACCACGGGCUCGUGUGCGUUCGACAAUCUGCCGGAAAUUGGCAAGCAGCUGCAGCGAUUCCCUGGCGUCUGGUUGCACGUGGAUGCCGCCUACGCGGGCAACAGCUUCAUCUGCCCCGAACUGAAGCCCCUCCUGAAGGUGAGUGGCUGGCACUACCAUGGCACGGCCAAUCUUAGCCAAUCCCAUUUACAGGGCAUCGAGUACGCCGACUCGUUCAACACCAAUCCCAACAAAUGGCUGCUGACCAACUUCGACUGCUCGACGCUGUGGGUGCGGGACCGCAUCCGGCUGACUUCAGCCCUGGUGGUGGAUCCGCUGUACCUGAAGCACGGCUACUCGGAUGCGGCCAUCGACUACCGUCAUUGGGGAGUUCCACUCAGUCGGCGUUUUCGUUCACUGAAGCUGUGGUUCGUGCUGCGAUCUUAUGGGAUUUCCGGACUGCAGCAUUACAUACGUCACCAUAUCAAACUGGCCAAGCGGUUCGAAGAGCUCGUGCUCAAAGAUAAGCGCUUCGAGAUCUGUAACCAAGUCAAGCUGGGCCUGGUCUGCUUCCGCCUCAAGGGCUCCGACAAGCUGAAUGAGAAGCUGCUGAGCAUAAUCAACGAGUCUGGCAAGCUUCACAUGGUUCCGGCCAGCGUGGGAGAUCGGUACAUCAUCAGGUUCUGCGCCGUGGCUCAGAACGCGACCGCUGAAGACAUUGACUACGCCUGGGACAUCAUCGUGGACUUUGCCAACGAGUUGCUGGAGAAGGAGCAGCACGAUGAGCUGUCGGAGAUCAUGAACCGCAAGAAGCAGGACACGUUGGCUCAGAAGCGCUCCUUCUUCGUGCGCAUGGUCAGCGACCCGAAGAUCUACAAUCCGGCUAUCAACAAAGCCGGCACCCCCAAGCUCUCCAUGGAGCUGCCCUCACCCGUAGUGAGUCGCGGCAGUGCCCCCAUCAUCCGGACCCAGAGUUCGGUGGACCACAACUCCUGGAUAUCCUGGCCGCUGGCGUUCCUCUUCAACAGCAGCAACGAGGAAAAGGGCAGUAACGUCUCGUUGCGUUUCCGACACUUGGACACCAACGUACGACCAUCCUCGUCGCGACGAAACUCCGGAGCCGGCUCCUCCCCCUCUCCGGAAAACGAGCUGGACUACGUGAAUGUCCAGCAGCAGCAACUGGAGCAGCGAUCCCCACGACGAUCACCCAUGGCGGUGCGCAAGGAUAACCCCAACUAA